AUGCCCAAAGCCAAGGACGCAAAGAAGAAAGCCGAGAAGAAAGCACGAGUCGAAGCGAAGACUGCGAAGAAGGAAAAGCAAAAAGAGAAAAAGACCAGCAAAAAGCCCGGCAAGGACGACGACAGCGAUGCCGAAGAUGCAGAUCUCGAUGCAAUUUUGGCACAGUAUCAGAAGGAGCAAGAACAGUUUCUGAAAGUGACGGAGACACCUACAGAACCGCCGUCACCAAGAUCAUCAGCGACACUUGUGGCUUCGCCAAGCAAUAGCAGCGAGCUCUUCCUCUUUGGUGGCGAGUACUACAAUGGAGCUCUAGCAUCUUUCUUCAACGACUUGUAUGUGUACAAGAUCAAUCAAGACUCAUGGCGCAAGGUGACCAGCCCGAACACUCCUCUGCCGCGAAGUGGCCAUGCUAUGUGCCAGGGUGGCAACUCCGGCGGGAUCUAUCUUUUUGGAGGGGAGUUCUCGAGUCCUAAACAAGGCACUUUCUACCACUACAAUGACUUCUGGCGACUGGAACCUUCGACGAGAGAGUGGACAAAGCUUGAAGGCAAAGGCGGUCCUCCAGCUCGGAGUGGCCAUCGCAUGACAUAUUUCAAGAACUAUAUCGUGCUCUUUGGUGGAUUCCAGGAUACGAGUCAGCAGACAAAGUACCUUCAGGAUGUCUGGCUGUAUGAUACGCAGCGAUAUGUGUGGUAUUCUCCGAAACUCCCACCAGCAUCGCAGCAGCCAGAUGCCAGAUCAUCCUUCUCCCUGCUGCCUCACGAGACAGGUGCAGUCAUCUAUGGUGGCUACUCCCGCAUCAAAGCCUCAGCAGUUAGUAAAGGCGCAAGAGGAAAACCAGGCUCAUCUCGUGUGAUCAUGAAGCCAGUAGUGCAUCAAGAUACAUGGUACCUACGAGUCACACCACCCGCAUCUGACGCCCCAAUCAACACGCCACCUGCUGUCAGAUGGGAACGAAGAAAGCGACCCGUCAACACACCCAACCCACCUCGCGCAGGCGCCACCAUGGCCCACCACAAAGGUCGCGGCAUCUCAUUCGGCGGCGUCCACGAUGUAGAAGAAAGCGAAGAAGGCAUCGACAGCGAAUUCUUCAACCUGCUUCACGCCUACAACAUCGACCGGAACCGCUUUUUCCAGCUGAACCUGCGAAGACCACGCACAUCGGCGAAAAAGGCGAACACCACAGAGCGUAGCAGAAGAGGACGCGGCAAAGCUGACGAGGAAGAACUUCUGCGCAAUCUAGCUCUGAUCGAAGGCAAAGGAUCCCUGGCAGAAGACGAAGACAUGCCUGAUGCCCCAGCGGCAGGGACCAACGACGAUGAUGACGACGAGCAGAAGAUCGAGAAGCCCACGAUGUGGGAAAUGCCGCAUCCUCGCUUCAAUGCGCAGCUUGCUGUGCAGGAGGAUACGUUGUAUAUCUUCGGCGGCACGUUCGAGAAGGGAGACCAGGAGUUCACGUUCGAUGAGAUGUGGGCAAUCGACCUCGGCAAGCUCGAUGGUGUGAAGGAAGUGUUCAAGCGUGAUCUCGCGGACUGGGCAGGCAGUGAAGAUGAAGAAAGUGAUGAGGACGAUGAAGAAGAUUCGGAGGACGAAGAUGAGGAUGAACAAGACGGGACGGAACCAAGCACUACGGCACCAUCGAUCGCCGACGAUGCCUCCGUGGCGGCUUCGGAGUCUACCGCUGCAACGGAGAUGGAGACCGAGCCAGAGUCCGCAAGCCCAAAGGACAACCUCCCCAUGCCACGACCUUUCGAGUCGUUACGAGACUUCUUCGCUCGAUCCUCGAACGAAUGGCAGGAAGUAAUCCUCGAGGCAAUGAAAUACGAGCGUAACCCAGAAGCACGAGGCGUUAAGGAGAUCCGCAAGAGGGCUUUCGAUCGUGCUGAUCAGAAAUGGUGGGAUAGCAGGGAGGAGAUUCAGGCUCUCGAGGAUGAGCAGGAAGCUGCUGGGAUUAGCGAGGUGGUCAGCCUAGCGGAGCGAGGUGGAGGAGAGGGUGGAGGUGGAGGGGCUGGUCGUAGACGAUAG